GCGACGCGCUCGCACCGGGCAGCAGUUUUAUGGAGCCAUUUGAGAGAGAUCUGCGCGUCUUCGGGACUCUGUUAUGGCACACAAACUUCUGCUGCCCAUCGCUAUAGCGGCGAGUCUCAUCCCACCUGAGCUGUGUGGUUCAACAGCAAACACGAAAAAAGCUCAAGUGGAAAACAACUCAGGUGUGACCCCUGCUGGACAGUGUGGAACAUGGGUGAAGGAGCCCAGUGGAGGGUGCUUCACCUCUCCAAACUACCCUGAGAAAUACCCACCUGAGAGGGAAUGUGUCUACAUCAUAGAAGCCUCGCCUCGACAAUGCAUCGACCUGUUCUUCGACGAGAAAUACUCCAUUGAGCCGUCCUGGGAGUGCCGGUUUGACCACAUCGAAAUCCGCGACGGGCCCUUCGCAUUCUCUCCGAUCAUUGGCCGCUACUGCGGGCAGGAGAGUCCUGCCUAUGUCCGCUCUAGCGGCCGGUACCUCUACAUCAAGUUCGUGGCUGACGGCGAACUGGAGGCCAUCGGGUUUUCAGCCCGCUAUAACUUCACGCAAGAUCCCGAGUUUGAAGAAAUCGGAGAAUUGCCGGCUCUACCAGCUUGUGAUUUUGAGCUGAGCGGUCCGGAGGGCUUCGUGGAAUCCACACAGAUAGCCAAAGAGGGAAAGGCGCAGCUGACUGAAGCAGUGGACUGCAGGUGGUACAUCAGAGCUCCACCCAGAGCAAAGAUCUACAUGCGUUUUUUAGAGUACGAAAUGCACAACUCAAACGAGUGCAAGCGCAACUUCGUCGCCAUCUACGACGGGAGCAGCGGAGUGGAACACCUGAAAAACAAGUUUUGCUCCACGGUGGCCAACGACGUCAUGCUGGUGACCUCUGUGGGCGUGGUGAGGCUCUGGGCAGACGAAGGCAGCAGGAAGAGCAGAUUCAAGAUCCUCUUUACCACUUUCCAUGAACCUCCAUGUGAAGGCGACACCUUCUUCUGCCACAGCAACAUGUGCAUCAACAACACCCUCGUCUGCAACGGCGUGCAGAACUGUGUUUACCCGUGGGAUGAGAAUCGCUGCAAGGAGAAGAGAAAAGCCAGCAUCCUGGACACGCUGGACAACACCAACCUCACCAUCAUCGGAGUCACGUGCAGCCUGGUCGUCAUCCUGCUCGUCAUUUCCGUCAUCAUUCAAGUCAAGCAACCUCGCAAGAAGUACGUCAUCCGCAGAGAUGACUUUGACCCAGCACUGCUCCACCCUGGUUUUGAGCCGCCACACUACGAACUCUGCACCCUGCGCCGCGCCCCUUCUGGCGACCUCACAGACGGCGCCCUGGCAGACGACUUCGACAAGUUCCACAAGCUCAGGCGCUCGGAGAGCAAGUGCAUCCGCGACCACCACUGCGGCUCGCACCAGGGAAGCAUCCACGGCAGCCGCAGCAACCUCAGCCUGAGGGACGCCACCAUCGCGCCCGACGGAGGGGCCGCUGUGCCCCCGAUGUCGCCGAGGUUGGCGAAGCAGAUGUCUCCGCACCUCUCUCACCACAACACGCCGGCGGGUCGGAGGAGCAUCCUGGUGAUGAAGCACAGCUACUCGCAGGACGGGGCGGAGGCGUACAGGGCGGAGGACGAGGACGAGGAUUUGAUGAUGGACGUCGGCCCCACCACCAGCCAGCACUACAUGCACCACCACCACAUCCACCACAGCACCCCAGGGUUGGACCGUACGCUGUCCAACGACUUCUAAUUUAUUGCAAGUUCGAAAAUCGGGUCAUCUGCAAUUGGUUGGCAUUGAAAUCGAUGAGAGAUGUUCACAGGGGAAGGUAGUUUGGGACUUAUUGGCCCUCUUUCUUCUCAAUGGGGGCUGAAAAUUCUGGAGUUUUUAAAACUUAGUAGAUUCCUUUGAGUGUGUCUUCCUGACGUCCAUGUUUGACAUUCAGCGAACAGAAAGAGCAUUUAAAGAUAGUUUUAAUAUAUGUUCCCUGAAGCCAAAGAAUUAAGUACGGUAUUAAAUACCAUGCUGCUUAUGGCACAAAUGACAUAAAAAGGGAAGAAAGUAAAUUGCAACAAAGUUGGGUCAGAAGUCCUACUGGAUCCCAGCUCCCUUUUUUGUUCCUGCAUUUCUGCCCUGUUUAUCUAAUGUAUAGGUAUAUACUGUCCUAUUUAU